GCCGAACAAUCAGUGAUCAGCUAUGAGUGCGAAGAGACCAAAGACCAGCUCAUCGAAGGUAAACACAGACAAUGCCUUAACCAUCGCUGGAACGGAUCACUUCCCCGAUGCGCCAAAGAGGUCGAAGCGGUUCUACUGAAGCGCAUAGAGAUCACCGAAAUGGGUGGCCGUCAGCCCCUGUAUCGGGAGAUGAAGUGGUCAGCAGUAGAGCCGCGACGGAUGGCCAAAAUUGUCAACAAUAACGCCAAAUACGACACCACAGACUGUCCGAAGACACGCUUCCUCUGGAGCGUCAAUCAGAGCCAGAGCUGGACUUUUCACGUCAUCCGCGGUUAUUAUUUCAACUACUUUUCGCUUCGCUUGAGAAGCGCCGGCGGAUCUCUUCGGCAACUCUACGACCAGAAUCGGCUGCAAUUGUCGGCCACAAUGGAGGACAUCAUUAGCUCCAAGCGGUGUCUGUUGGAGCGGUUCCGGGCGCACGACACGGACCCGUUGGCCGAAGUGAUUAGCUUUGUGUGCGACAAAUCGGAGCGACAGAUG